AUGAAAAUUGCAUUUAUACACCCAGAUUUGGGAAUAGGCGGCGCCGAGAGACUCGUGGUGGACGCCGCUGUUUCGCUUCAAGAAGAGGACAACGAGGUGACCAUAUACACAUCCCAUUGCGAUCGGACACACUGUUUCGAAGAAGUGGCCAAUGGAACGCUUCAUGUGGAAGUAUGUGGUGAUUUUUUUCCUACCAAUAUCAAGGGUAGACUCCAUAUUGUGUUCGCUACACUAAGACAGCUAUGGCUAUGUCUUUGGUUGGUGUUCUCUGGAGAGAUUGAGAGAUAUGACAUGUUUGUUCUAGACCAAUUGCCUUAUUGUCUACCUCUUCUUCAUUAUAACAAACGAUCCGAUGCCAAGACUCUUUUUUACUGUCAUUUUCCAGACCAAUUACUGGCUUCUCAUGCCUCUCUCGUGAGAUCAUUGUACCGCAAAGUGUUUGACACCAUUGAAGAGUUCACGACGGGUUGUGCAGAUGAAAUUGUGGUGAACUCCAAGUUCACUAGAUCAAUUUUUAAAAAGACGUUUAGGUCCUUGGCACAUAUCACUCCUCAGGUCAUAUAUCCGUGUGUGCCAACUGCGGUUGAGCUGGAGGAGUCUAGUGUGAAGGAGGUGAGCACGUUCCUCAACGGCUCGGACAUGUUUUUGUCCAUCAAUAGAUUCGAAAGGAAGAAGAACAUUUCGCUUGCUAUUUUGGCAUUUGCUGAUCUGUUGAGCUCUUUGCCGGAGCAAAAACGGUCAGUUUUGAAGCUGGUACUGGCCGGUGGCUAUGAUGCUAGGGUCAGGGAGAACGUGGAGUAUCUGAUCGAACUAGAGGAGCUCUGCGCGAAGCUCCAGCUCAAGUCAAUAACUCUCAGAGGAAACCUGAGUACUUAUCCCAAAGACAGAAAUGUUUUCUUUUUGCCUUCCGUGACCUCUGAUUUAAAGGAUUCACUGAUCUCGCAGUGUCAGAUUUUGCUAUAUACCCCAUCCUUUGAACACUUCGGAAUUGUACCACUGGAAGCAAUGCGUCAGGGAAAAAUUGUCCUUGCAACGGACACAGGGGGACCCUUGGAGACUGUGGAGAAUUUUUCUGCGGAGUCCAAAUCGUGGACGGGUUUCACGAUUUCGUCAGACCACAUCGAAUGGAGUGCUGUCAUGAACCAGGUUCUACAAAUGGACCCACAGACCAAGGCUGAUGCUGGCGAAAGGGCUAAAAAACGUGUUUAUGUUAUGUUUUCUCGCAAAUCCAUGCAAUUGAGGUUUUUGGAAACUUUUGAGAUCAUGAGGCCCAAGAGGUUUAGUUAUGAACCAUACCUGGCGCAGACCGUCAAAAUAAGGUUUAUUUUUUACGCGCUGUUUGCAUAUUAUAUAUCUCAGAGUUUGACGUGA